UUCCGAACAAGAACUCAUGUCCGACAUUUCUCCUCCUUCCGGACAAGACCUAUAGUCCAAGAGAGAUGGCAGAAGCUGGUCAUCUGGUAUCAGCAAGGCAUAUUAAGCUUCUCUCUGUAACUCCGGCAAACCCCAAAUUCUCCGAUUCGGUGUCUCGUGCUUUCACAAUCAGAGCUUCUUCUAAAAGGAAAUCUCUCUCUCUGGGUAACAAAAAGAAGAGCAGGAGUAGUAGCCCACGGAGCGUGAUCAGAUUAUCAACAGCAGAUGGGAAAUGGCAUGGGAAUUGGAGCUGUGAUUACAUUCUCUCCCUCCAAGACCUGCGUUUGGAUGAUUUGAUCGAAGAUGAAAAUACACAUGACGCCCAAAUUUCGGUUAAUCUCUGCGUCCACAAGCAUGCUAGCUUUGGCUUCUCUGUUGAUGGAAAGAUAUUAACAUCAUUCAACAGAAAAUGUAGCAACUGCUCUUCUACCUACUGCAGAAAGAUUGACACACAAUUCAACGUGUGGGUUCUGUCAUCAAGCAGGGACGAACACACGGUUCAACUUCCUGAAAUCGGUGGCGACGAUCCAUCAGUUAUCUACGUGAAGCCUGGAAAUGAAGCAGAACUUGAUUCACUCAUACAGGACACGAUACGGCUUGCAACCUCCAUUAAAGAUACUUGUUCAGAGCUGUGUGAGAAAUCAUAUCCCACUGUGCAGUAUAUUGGUGGAAAAAGCACUGUUUCUGUUGAUAAGAGAUGGUCUAGGCUUUUGGAGCUAAAGAAUAUGCAAUAAUAUAUGCCUAUGAUAUUAUCUGAUA